AGACAUCACAGAUGGAUUGAAGAAUGCAGGCCCUGGCAAUGCAACACAAAUGAAGAAGCUUCUUCAGAAUACUACUAACUAAUAAGCUAAUAUAGCUUAUAGUGUUUUUCUCAGUUUCUUAGACAUUUAAUUCAAGUUAUCAAGGUGAAACUGACCUCUGGCUUUUCGCAGUUGACGAGCAUAUCAUCAAGAAUUUUUUGUUAUGUGGAACUGUAUAUAGUUAUUUUUCUAACUGUGCAGGGAAUUAUUAAGGAAUCUGACCUAAAGGAUGGGAAAUUCCUGUAGGAAGCACUGUCAAGCCAUACGCCGCUUGUUGCCUUGUGGCAAUAAUGGCACAGGUAAAACAGAAGUCAUUGUCAUUCCUACGGAACAACAUAAACCAACGUAUGUAGCUCUAUAUGAUUACCAGGCACGUACUCCCGAUGAGCUCAGUAUCUUUGCCGGGGACCGUAUGCAGAUACUGAACAGCAAUCAGCAAAAUUGGUUGAAAGCCAGACUUUUGAGUCCAAGAGAAAAUCUAGAGGGAUAUGUUCCUAUCAACUAUGUUGCCCCAGUCACCGACAUUGCAUCUCAGCCGUAUUUCUUUCGCAACUUCAAGCGUACAGAUGCUGAAAGGCAGCUCAUUCUUCCUGGCAAUGGGGUGGGGUCGUAUUUAAUUCGCGAAAGUGAAAGCCAAGUAGGCAAUUACUCUCUGUCUGUGUAUGAUGGCACUCAUGUGAAACACUACAGAAUUCAUAAGAACGAUAAUGAUGGUUACUUCAUAACCACAAGGACAGUAUUUCCAAGUCUGCAGGAACUUGUUACUUAUUAUUCCCAGAAUGCUGAUGGACUCUGCUGCAGACUCGCUAAUCCUUGCCUCAGGAAUGAAGCUCCCCUGCCUCCAGAUUUAUGCUACGAGACUGCAGAUCACUGGGAAAUUGAUCGGAAUUCUCUGAAGUUUUUGAAAAGGCUUGGUCAUGGCCAGUUUGGUGAGGUUUGGGAAGGACUGUGGAGCGAUACUAUAUCGGUGGCCAUUAAAACACUUAAAACAGGUACAAUGAAGCCACAGGAUUUUUUAAGAGAGGCACAAUUUAUGAAGAAUCUUAAACAUCCAAAACUUAUUCAACUCUAUGCAGUCUGUACGUUGGAAGAACCAGUAUAUAUUAUAACAGAACUCAUGAGACAUGGAAGUUUGCUUUCAUAUCUACAAAAUGACAAAGGUGAAACAAUUGGACUGCCUCAACAGGUAGACAUAGCUGCCCAAGUGUCAUCAGGAAUGGAAUAUUUAGAAAGACAGAACUUUAUCCACAGAGACCUUGCAGCCAGAAAUGUUCUUGUCGGUGAAAACAGUGUAUACAAAGUUGCUGAUUUUGGACUAGCCAGAGUUUUUGAGGAUGAUGCUAUCUAUUUGGCCAGAAAUGAUACAAAGCUGCCAUUAAAAUGGACAGCACCCGAAGCAAUCUGUGACAACAAGUUCAGUGUGAAGUCUGAUGUCUGGUCAUUUGGAAUCCUUCUCUAUGAAAUAGCUACAUAUGGAAAGAUGCCUUAUCAAGGUAUGUCAGGAAGGGAAGCACAUGAGAAGGUGAUGAUGGGAUAUAGGCUCCCACAGCCUCCAAACUGCCAUGCUUCAUUCUACAAAAUUAUGUUGGACUGUUGGAAAGAACAACCAGAAAAUAGGCCAACAUUUGAUACAUUACAAUGGAGACUGGAAGAUUUUUUUGAAGUGGAAGUAUCAUCUUAUUAUGAUCCAAAAGAGUUUAUACAAUGAACUUUGGACACAAAACAGAAAAUAUAUGUGGCCUCAAAUGAUUAGUAUCUUACUAAUGAUCUUACUAAUGGAUAAGUAAUUCAGUGUCAAGAGCAGCAACUGGUGGUCAUUCCUUUGCUUUAAUAGUGAAGGAUACUCAAAUGUAAUUUCAAGAUUUAGUUCUAUUGAACAAAUGAAUCAUAAGAAAUACAUCAGCGCUAGGAAAUACAGCACUGUUAAUUCAAGGAUUUAAAUUAAUUGAGUCAAGACAGCAGGUGAAAAAAUAAUUCAAGAAAACAAGAUGCUCUAAUAGGCAGUUUACAAUACAUAGCUAGUAUUUACAUGAAUAGAAAUAUGUCAAAUACCCAUCAUUAAAUAGGGUAGGUUACACUAUGAAACUAUUUAUAAUGUAGAAGUAAUUUUAAAUU